AUGACUGACACCAAAGGAUGGGCAGCUCUGCCGUUCGAGCUUCAACUCAUUAUUGCCAGUCUCCUUGACCGCAAUGACCUCAAAUGCUUGCGUAGCAUCCACAGCCGCCGUGGGCUUGCAGCGACCGCGAUUCUGUUCAGCACCGUGCAUAUCAGCCCCAAUACUCGAAGCUUUGCUCGUGCUUUGCAGGUUGCUCAAGAACCACAUUUGGCGAGUUAUGUGCGACGGCUCGUAUAUCAUAUUGGUAUUAUCGAAGCCGUGUAUGGAACGGACACUUACUACGGAGAAGAGGAUAACUUCUACGAGCAAGUAUACCAGUAUGAAUGUUAUUUGGAGGAAAUUGACGCCCAGGAAGCCUUCUUGGAGCUGGACGAGAUUGAAGAAUUGUCCCGCUUGACAAGCAGGCUUAACAACUUGGAAUCGAUAGCUACCAUCCGAGAUGAAUACGACCCAUUCCUACCACCACACGGAUACAUAGAACAACGUACCGGUCUGCCCGCCAUAGGUUUCUUCGAAGGAAGACCUUUCGCGUCUCUUUUCGAGGCCACCGCCGGCUCGUCCAUCAACAAGCUUCAAGGAGAAGCGCUGUCCUGGGGCGUUUUCGCCGACGUCAACGCUUUACCAGACACAUCCUUACGACUCGGCCGUCUGAAGGAGCUAUCAUUGGGCCUUUACAUCACGGAGCUAAGUAACUGCAAUGACCCACGAGACACUUUGCAAGCCAUGGGGCACUUUUUGGGUCACUGUACCAACCUCGAAGCUCUCUCCCUCGACUUUGACGAAUUUCCCUUCGACAUCCUCAGCAAAUACUAUGAAUGUGUGUCCCGAGCAUCCCUUUACAAAUGUCGCUUUCCACGACUGACGCGACUUUCACUGCGGGGCCUCAUCACUUACGAGGACAAGUUCAUCUAUUUCUUGGAAGCGCACAGUUCCACCCCAGUGGAUCUUACGCUGGCAGACCUCAUGGUUGUGGGGACCUCCAACGAGAAGGAUUCGGUGUCGUCCACUUUGUCGGCUUCCAUCGUUGGCGAGAAAUACUCAAGCAGCACAGGAUCCGUUGUGUCAGUAUUUCAAAGAAUCCACGAUGUAUGCAAUCUGAAGCGAGUCCGACUCCGGGGGAAUUUCACCAAUCGUUUUGAUGAGUCGUGGUAUGUCUAUGAGUCGAUUUCGGAAGGCUUUGUGCCUCAGAUACGACGCUUUUUGUGCCGGCAGGGACCAUCGCCGUUUCCUGCACUAGGAGAGUAUUGUCAGAUGCAGGAGGACACUAUGAAAGAUUGGGAUCCACCCCCCUACGAUCCCGAAGAUCUUGGACCCAAUGGAUUUGGUCCCCACCCAGCCGCGGAGCAGUUCUGCGACGAUUCUUGGGAAUGGUGUCCUGAACUAUUAUCUCGUUGACGAGACUGGAGUACGACCAGAAGCAUGCCUGUUUUACCCUUUAGCAGAUGCUCCCUGAAAACAGGGAAGAUACAGGCCGUAUACCCGGGGCAUCAAGACCGAUGGUAGCUCCCCAGUAUACGUCGUAAGCGUAUGGAAAA